AUGUUGGGCGUUAUAAGGCGAAGAGUCGUUUCUGGAGCCUCCUCUGCUUCGAUUCUGGGGCAGUCAUUGCACUCAAUCCGACCCAUUGCAAGCUCUGAGUGUGCAUUAUGUCAUAUGUUUGCUGCAAUUGUUGAUUUCCAUGUACGUGGGACAGAUUCUGCUUCAACCCAGAGGAGGAUUGGGUCGGGUCCGGAACCUUUCUCACCUCAUUUUUGCAGGUUCCUCGCCUUGUAUCAAGAAAACCAGUGCAUAAAACAGCCUGAUUAG